AUGGCAAAUAGCAUUAUGUAAUGUCUUAUGAAUGCUUAACUUCUUUCUGAAUUUUGGGACAUAUUCCUGUGAGGUUUCAGACCUGGGUGAGCGUUGCAGUGAUUACAUCAACUGGAGGAUGAGGAGGAGGAGAGCAGGAGCAGGCAGAAGCGAGUCUGAGAGGAGGACAGCAGGGCUGCAGGGGAGGUUAUGCAAGGCUGCUGUUUACUGGCUCUGAGGAAUGCUGAGUGACAGAGUGGACAAAAUACCUAAUUUUUUUCACGACGGCCAUGCUGGAGCUCCCAAUGACAAGACUAUCAAUGGUGGAGACAUGUGCCUGUUUGACAUGGGUGGAGAGUACUACUGCAACUCUUCCGACAGCUGCUCUGCUCCUGCUCUUCUACAGCAGGACUUUCUCAGAGGCUGUGCUCAAAUCCUGCCAAGCUGCCAUGGCUGCCACAAAACCAGGUAAUGAUGGAUUGUUCUUAUAUGUAUUUUAGCUUUUUACUUCCUCCUUAAAACUAUAAACACACAAAUGCUUACAAGAGUAUUAAUUCUAAAUGCUAUUAAUGUUCCAUUUGUUUAUUUAUGUUUAUUCAUUAUUUAUAAAUUUCACUUUUCCAGUAUAAUUAAUAUUACAAAUUCUCUAACAAGAAAGUACUCAAAAACUGAGAACAGAUACAUUAAUGGAGGGAUCAACAAAGGUAAAACAAAAAAAAAGAAAGAAAGAAGAAGAGGUUUUAAGCAUUUAAUUUCUUCGGAGUGAAAUGGACUGACAUGCAUCGUCUGGCUGACCGUGUCCACCUUGAGGAGCUGGUGAAGAUUGGCAUCCUGAAGGGUGAUGUUGAGGACAUGCUGAAGGAGCAUAUGGGCUCUGUGUUCAUGCCCCACGGCCUGGGUCACCUGCUGGGUAUCAAUGUGCUGGAUAUUAGGCUGCCCUGAGGCAAGGCCUGUCUAGGAAGCUACUGCAAGUCAUUUAGCUCGUGUAGGUGUUUUAAGGAAAAGAUAAUAUAAUCUACAUGCAACCUGAUACAGAUCUAUAGAACUCAUUCCUUGCUAAACGUGUUGAUGGGGGUUCUAAUU